UAACUUCUUAUUAUUUUCCACCAUAUUAAUCUAGAAUUAGGUUGGUUUAUCGUUCAUUCAUUUUAAGAAAAAGAAAGAAAGAAAAAAUAAAAAGUAAAAGAUGAGGGAGAUAAUAAGCAUACACAUAGGUCAAGCUGGAAUUCAAGUUGGGAAUUCAUGCUGGGAACUCUACUGCCUUGAACAUGGCAUCCACCCUGAUGGCAUGAUGCCCAGUGAUACAACAGUUGGUGUUGCACACGAUGCAUUCAACACGUUUUUUAGCGAGACUAGUGCGGGAAAGCACGUGCCACGAGCCAUAUUUGUGGAUCUUGAACCAACUGUUAUUGAUGAAGUUAGAACUGGGACGUAUCGCCAGCUUUUCCACCCUGAACAGCUUAUUUCAGGGAAGGAGGAUGCUGCUAAUAACUUUGCUAGAGGGCAUUAUACAGUGGGGAAGGAGAUUGUUGAUCUUUGCCUUGAUCGAGUGAGAAAGUUAGCGGAUAACUGUACUGGGUUGCAAGGUUUUUUAGUGUUUAAUGCUGUUGGUGGAGGUACGGGUUCUGGUUUGGGAUCGUUGUUGUUGGAACGCUUGUCUGUUGAUUAUGGAAAGAAGUCAAAGCUUGGUUUCACUAUCUACCCUUCUCCUCAGGUGUCGACAGCCGUGGUAGAACCAUACAACAGUGUUCUCUCUACACAUUCUCUUUUAGAGCAUACAGAUGUAGCUGUGCUAUUGGACAAUGAAGCCAUUUACGAUAUUUGUAGGAGAUCACUAGACAUUGAAAGACCUACUUACACUAACCUGAACAGACUCGUCUCUCAAAUAAUAUCAUCUUUAACAACUUCCCUACGUUUUGAUGGAGCCAUAAAUGUGGAUAUUACAGAAUUUCAAACCAAUCUUGUGCCGUACCCCCGUAUUCAUUUCAUGCUUUCAUCGUAUGCCCCUGUUAUCUCAGCAGAAAAAGCAUACCAUGAACAGCUGUCAGUACCCGAAAUCACAAACGCAGUGUUUGAGCCUGCAAGCAUGAUGGCUAAAUGUGACCCCAGACAUGGAAAGUACAUGGCAUGUUGUUUGAUGUAUCGUGGAGAUGUUGUCCCUAAAGAUGUUAAUGCUGCUGUCGCCACCAUUAAAACAAAGAGAACCGUUCAGUUUGUUGACUGGUGCCCAACUGGUUUCAAGUGUGGGAUCAAUUAUCAGCCACCAACAGUUGUACCAGGUGGUGAUCUUGCUAAGGUUCAGAGAGCCGUUUGCAUGAUCAGUAAUAACACAGCAGUUGCAGAGGUGUUCUCACGUAUUGAUCACAAGUUUGACCUCAUGUAUGCCAAGAGGGCAUUUGUUCAUUGGUAUGUUGGUGAAGGUAUGGAAGAAGGUGAGUUCUCAGAAGCUCGUGAAGAUCUUGCAGCUCUUGAAAAAGAUUAUGAAGAGGUGGGUGCGGAAGGUGUUGAUGAUGAAGGGGAGGGCGAUGAUGAAGAGUACUAAAAUGGUGUUUCUUGCUUGAAGUCUUGAUUUGUGGAUUGAUUGGAUGAAAGAUUGAACUAGUAUACACCUAUUAUGUCUUCACCUUUUCUGUUUUUCCAAACAUAGAUAUGCAUGCAUUUACUAUUUAAAUGUCAAACUGUGGUGUGUUCUUGUAGCAUGUUGUCCGAGUGAAUUAAAAUUAUAUAUUGAUGUUUAAGGGAUGUGAAGCCGUA